AUGGAGCACUUCCUCGUCCGGGAGACGUGGGAUUGGCUCUCGGAUGAGAAGCGAGUAAGGAAAGGCAGCUACUGGCUGCAAGCUUGCAAUGGCUAUCGGGUUCGACCUGGAGCCACUGCGCAGUACCUACAUCGGUAUGCCCCAAGCCCUUGCUCCCUUGCUGAAGCUCUUCUCAAGAAAGACUUUGCUGAGAGGUACAGUGAUUCUAUCAAUUCUGAUUCUGUCAACUUAGUUGGGGGCUUUGUUGCCGGCACAGACGUUACCGCUCGCAACGGAGGUACGAACAUCAUCCCAGGGAGCCAUCUUUGGCCGAUAGACCGGAUUCCCCGGCCCGAAGAAGCCGUGGCUGCGCAAUUGAAGAAGGGAGACGGAGUAUUUUGGCUCUCGACAAUCUUCCAUGGAGCUGGUGCAAAUGUUUGCCAGCCUGGUGAGCCUGAUGCGGAACGCAUGAUGUAUGGAUACUUUGGGACCAUCGACACACUGAGACAACCCGACCUUCAGAUCCUCAGUGUUCCACCCGAAGUUGUGCUUAAGAUGCCAGAGAUCGUCCUUCGCAUGGUGGUGAGUUGA